UCUCUCUCUCUCUUUUUAUUCUUUCAAAGGUUCCAUCCAUUUUCCGGUGCACCACCACUGGAUUACUUGCACCCUUUUCCCUCCCAACUCUCUCUCCUUUGUUUUUUUUUUCUCCGUGUUUUAAUAAUAUAAAAUUAAUAAUAAUAGUAUUAUUAUUAUUAUUAUUAUUAUUAUUUUCUUUUUGUAGUUAUUCUGAAAGAACAUCAUGAUUAUGAAUUUGGGCUAAAAUCAGACAGAACGAGAGAGAAAGCGAUGAAAAUGAUGGGAGGGUGGAAAAUGUUUUCUCCCAUUUGAAUUGAAAGAGAGAAAAAUAGGAGGAGAAUUGAGAAAGGAGUGAGAUAGGGGGGGUGAGGGUGAGGGUCAUCUGGUCAGGUCAAGGUGGUUGGGUGGCCGAGUCUGUAGUGGUGGACGUGGUGGUGCUGGGUCUCCUUCACAGAGACAUACUACCAUCGUCUUACCUUUUGACUAGAUUAUCAAUAAUACUCUGCUCUGUCAGGUGCAUUCAAUCCUUGAGGCCUUUGGUUGGAUUCACCAAUAUGGCCAACGUUGCGACGAACAAAGUGGGGCAGUCUUAUGGUGAGACAAAUGAUGCUCAGAAAAAUGUAUUUGAUUUAGGAGCAUUUGUUGGGGACUUGACUGUCGAGGAGGAUGCGAGCAGUGAUGAUAUGUCAUUGGAAGGCCUGCAGCAAGAACUGGAAGAAUGUAAAAAUGAUGAUGUAGUUGCAAACAUACUGUCGAAAGGGACAACAUUAAGGGAGUAUACGAAGGGGGUUGAGAACAAUUUACGGCAAGUUGAAUUGGACUCGAUUCAGGAUUACAUAAAAGAAAGCGAUAAUUUAGUGUCUCUUCAUGAUCAAAUUCGUGAAUGUGACAGUAUUUUGUCACAGAUGGAAACUCUCCUCAGCGGAUUUCAAUCUGAAAUUGGUUCCAUAAGUUCAGAUAUAAAAAUCCUCCAGGAGAAGUCUAUGGAUAUGGGUCUGAAGCUUAAGAAUCGCAAGGUGGCAGAAUCAAGUUUGGCAAAAUUUGUUGAAGACAUUAUAGUCCCUCCAAGGAUGGUUGACAUAAUUGUUGAUGGAGAGGUCAAUGAUGAAUAUAUGAGAACCCUCGAGAUUCUAAGUAAGAAGCUGAAGUUUGUAGACGUUGAUCCUAUGGUCAAAGCUUCAAAAGCUCUAAAAGAUGUUCAACCUGAGCUAGAAAAACUACGGCAGAAAGCAGUUUCAAAGGUGUUUGAUUUCAUAGUUCAGAAGCUUUAUGCGCUGAGAAAACCCAAAACAAAUAUCCAGAUCCUUCAACAAAAUGUUCUUUUAAAGUACAAGUAUGUAGUUUCCUUCCUCAAAGAACAUGGCAAUGAAGUAUAUACUGAGGUCCGUGGAGCAUAUAUGGACACAAUGAACAAGGUCUUAAGUGCACAUUUCCGUGCUUAUAUUCUGGCUCUGGAGAAACUACAGUUGGAUAUAGCUACAUCUAGCGAUUUGAUUGGUGUGGAGACACGAAGCAGUAGUCUCUUUUUAAGAGGAAGGGAACCGCUAAAGAACCGGUCUGCUGUUUUUGCACUGGGGGAGAGGAUAAAAAUUUUGAAGGAAAUUGAUGAACCUGCUUUAAUACCGCAUAUAGCGGAAGCCAGCUCCAGCAAGUAUCCUUAUGAGGUCCUCUUCAGGAGUUUGCACAAGCUGCUUAUGGACACUGCUACUUCUGAGUAUAAUUUUUGUGAUGAUUUCUUUGGUGAGGAGUCCAUAUUUUACGAAAUUUUUGCAGGUCCAUUUGCUGUCAUUGAUGAACACUUCAAUUCAAUACUUCCAAAUUGUUAUGAUGCUAUUGGCCUAAUGCUCAUGAUUGGGAUAAUACGUCAGCACCAGCUCAUAAUGUCUCGGCGGCGAAUUCCAUGCUUGGAUUUAUAUUUGGACAAGGUCAAUAUUUCCCUAUGGCCUCGUUUCAAGAUGGUAUUUGAUAUGCAUCUCAGCAGCCUGCGCAAUGCAAACGUAAGGACGUUAUGGGAAGACGAUGUUCAUCCUCACUACGUAAUGAGGCGGUAUGCUGAAUUCACAGCUUCACUAAUCCGCCUUAAUGUUGAAUAUGGAGAUGGGCAGCUUGAGUUGAAUUUGGAACGACUGAGAAUGGCUGUUGAUGACUUGCUUAUGAAGCUUGCAAAAAUGUUUCCAAAAACGAAACUACAAAUUGUGUUUCUGAUAAACAACUACGAUAUGACAAUUUCUGUUCUAAAGGAAGCUGCUCCAGAAGGUGGGAAAAUUCAAAUGCACUUUGAGGAACUGCUGAAGAGCAACACAACAUUAUUUGUGGAAGAACUGCUACUAGAGCAUUUCAGUGAUAUAAUAAAGUUUGUAAAGACCCGAGCGUCGGAGGACCCAAGUUCUAGUUCUGAGAAGGCCAUAACUGUCGCUGAAGUGGAGCCACUUGUGAAGGACUUUGCGAGCAGAUGGAAAGCCGCAAUAGAACUGAUGCACAAAGAUGUCAUAACUUCUUUCAGCAGCUUGCUUUGUGGUAUGGAAAUUUUGAGGGCUGCGUUGACUCAGCUGUUGCUAUAUUAUACCAGGCUCUCGGAUUGCAUAAAGAGGAUUGUCGGUGGAUCUGCACUGAACAAGGAUCUGGUGUCCAUAUCUUCAAUCAUGUAUGAAAUUAGGAAAUACUCGAGGACCUUCUAAAUCACUCAGGUUGGGAAAUUUUCGCUCUCUUCCCACACGUGUGCACACACGCACACUCCAACACACGUGGGAAAGAGGUUAAUUUAUUUAAAGAGGUUUUGCUUUGGAGUCUUGUCGGUUUCAGUGCUGGGGCUCUCGAGUCUUUGUUUCUUGCUUUAGGAGAUCACUUCUGAAGCAGAUCUCCCGAGGAUUUGGUUUCGUCCAUUCAACUUGUGCGUUUAAAGUGCUAUACAUGACAGGCUUUUUGUUGGCUUUGAGUUAAUAAAUUAUUUAUCAAUUUCAUUAUUUUUUA